AUGGAUGGGCACCAGCCGUGGGAGGUGCCCAUGAUGCUGCUCUCACCCACGCUUGGCGCUCUCCUCCCACACCACAGGCCCCUCGGGGAGGGUUUUCACCCUGCAGCCCCCUGGUCGAGCACCGGGCGGCUCAGGACUGCCUUCCUCUCCAGGUGCGAGGUGCGGCCGGGACCUGAGUUCCUCACCCGAUCCUAUCUCUUCUGCUUCAAGGCUUACCAGUUCUACUACUGGGACCCCUCCUGCCACGACCCCUCCUACUCGCUGGUCAUCAAGGGCAAGCUCCGGCUGCGCCAGGCCUCCUGGAUCACUCUUGGGGCCACCGAGGCCGACUACCACCUCCACAAAGUCGGCAUCGUUUUCCACAGCCAGAAAGCUAUGCAGGAGGUGGCCUCCCGGAUCAACCACACUUCCGGCAAGGGCUGCAGUGGAUUCCUGUCCCCGGGUCGCGCCUGGGCUCCCAGAGCCCUCUAUGAACUGCUGAGCGCCAAGACGGAGCGUGACUGCACCGCCACCUUGGGCUUCGCCAUGCAUGAGCUCAGCCUGGUGCGUGUGGAGCGGCAUUACCAGCCCCUGGUGCAGCCGCAGCAGAGCGGGAGCCGGCUGGUGGAGGAGCUGUACCUCGGGGACAUUCACACGGAGUGGGCCGAGAGGCUCCACUACCGACCCACCGGUUAUCAGCGACCGAUGCAGAGCGCCGUGCACCACGAGCAUCCUUGCCCGGCCUGCGGGGUUAUAUACAGAGCUGACGAACACCACCCGCCCAUCCUGCCCCUCAGAGCUCAGCUCCCAAUGCAGCUCAGCGGCAGCUGGGUGAGCACCCACUGCGAGGUCCGACCCGCCGUGCUUUUCCUGACCAGGUACUUCAUAUUCCACGGGAACAACCAUACCUGGGAGGGUCACUACUAUCACUACUCCGACCCCCUCUGCAAACAGCCGACUUUCACCAUCUACGCAUCCGGGCAUUACACCCAAGGCAUCCCCUCCUCCAAAGUGAGAGGUGGCACAGAGCUGGCUUUUAAAGUCACGCAGGCUCGGGUGACAGCGAUGGACCAGGUGACAGUGAUGAUGCUGAACUCCUCAGAGCCUGGAAGCUGCGGGCUGACGAGCUCCUGGCGUGCUGGGGUGGAGCAGGAUAUAACGCCCACAAAUGGAUGUCUGGCUUUGGGCAUCAAGCUGCCCCACACCGAGUAUGAACUUUUCAAAACGGAGCAAGACACGAAAGACCACAGCCUGCUGUACAUUGGCGAAAGGCCCACAGAUGGAUCCAGUCCCGACAGCCCAGACAAGCGGCCCACAUCCUAUCAGGCACCUCUGAUACAGUGUGCUGGAGCAUCAGAGGAAUUUUCUAACUAUGUUAGUCUAAAAUACGUGGGGAAAAAGAAUGCUAAUGGGAACGAAGCACUAAAACCUUUGCCUGUGGCCUUUUUACUGUUUGUAGCACUUCUGUUUUUAAGAUGGGACUAG